UUGAAUAAACGAAGUUUGUUUUUGACAAUAAGAAAAUCGUGUUUGCUUAUUUCUUGAAAAGGAUUAUGUAAAUACAUCGAAAUUCAAUUAAAAGAAGGCAGAAAUAAAAUCUGAGUCAUUCCAUCACCGGUUUUCGACGAAUGCGCGUCCAGGCAGAAAUACGACGAAAAUGAAGGUGAUGUCAUUCAUUUUGCUCCUGGUGAUAAUUGGUGGUGUUACCGUGGAAGGUCGGGACUUGACGCGAGUAGAAAAUCAAAAAGGACAUUUGGUUGUUCAAGGUGUGAUUGAUGCCAUCAGAUCAAAUUGUAUCUUUGCUGGUGACCGUUUGUUUCUAAGACGUCUCGCUAAGGUACAGUCGAACGAUGGCGAGGAUAGCAAUACCUAUAAAGCAGAUUAUCACGGUGGAAUAUGGCAGAUUGACGAAGGCAAAUAUAAUCACACAAAGCGGUGUCCUGGACAUUUAGAGGAUGUCUGUGAUAAGAUCCAAACUAAGCUGAAUAUAAGCUGGCCUUCAACGACAUGGCGAGAUCUUCGUAAACCCCUCUAUUCUGGCCUGUCAGCCUCUCUGUACAUCAUGUCGAAACAAAACAUAUCAUCGAACAUAACAGACGGCUUACCUGGUGGUCGGGGUAAUCAAUCUAUGAUCUGGAAGAAACUGUUUGCUCCAAAUAGAGCCGCUUCAUCCUUUCUCAAUUCUAUCCGUUCAUCUGAUGAAGACAAAAUGUGUACCCGAGCCAUAGAUUUAGCCUUUAUUAUUGACAGUUCUGGCAGUAUUGGAUCCAGCAACUUCAUCAAGAUGAAGCAUUUUAUGACCAAUGUAACGAACGGUUUGGCCAUUGCCAGUGAUAAAACGCAGAUAGCUGUUGUGAAGUUUAGCACGUAUGCUCGACUAGAAUUCGGAUUGAAUAGAUAUUCGGAUCGAGCGAGUGUAGAUCGAGCGAUAAACAGAAUAUACUAUGAUAGAGGGUGGACCAAUACAGCUAGAGGUAUAGAUUAUGCAUCUAAUUACGUCUUUUCUGCUGGAAGAGGCAUGCGAAACAACUCAGUGAAGGUUGCUGUAGUGGUAACCGAUGGGCGAUCUAAUAACCCAAUGUUAACUGCGGCCCAAGCACCAAAACUAAGGGCUAAAGGCGUCAUUAUAUUUUCUAUUGGUAUUGGAAGAGCUUUAGUUGAAGAAUUGGAAGCUAUAUCAUCGGAGCCCAAUUGCACCCAUGUCUUUGUUUUAAAAGAUUUCACAGAAAUUGAAAGCAUCAUAAAUGAAAUACAGAAACGAGCCUGUCGAGCUCAGAUGGUUUUUGAAAACACUCCAACAAGCAAACGAACCAACAUUAAAGAAAAGGUUAUUCCAUUCACUGGCAAUGAAACUGAGGUCAACAUUGUUGUCCCUGCAUUGGAAACGUCCAAUUUACCGCCCAAUUCAACCAACUCCACUACAGUUGUUACAGAUGUAUCUUGUGGUGUGGUGUAUAUCUAUGCGUCAUAUGAUUCAACUCACCCAAGUGAUGCUCUAUAUACCUAUAGUGAUGUAGCCGAGGAAGGGUCAAGGUCGGUUAUGACAGUAAGAGAUGAUUCUGGUCGACCUCUGUAUAUCAGCUACCAUGGUAAAAAAUACAACAUCACCGCCACUAGGAGAAAUGUAGACUGUGAACAUCCUACUAUAAACAGUACAGUCAUGCAGGGCAAAGAACCCGUUAAUGGUGGAUGGACAGAAUAUCAGGAAAUCGGAUUUAGAACUGAGUGCUCGGCUACUUGCGGAUCAGGAACACAGACUCGAAACAUAACCAGAAGGUGUACUAAUCCAGCUCCCUCUAAAUGGGGUAAAGACUGUUCAGGACUCUCAACUACAACAGAGGCUGUUGAAUGUAAUAUACAGCCAUGCCCAGUUGAUGGUGGAUGGUCCAGUUACGCGGAACCCAGAAGGAGAACUCUGUGUUCGGCUACUUGUGGCACCGGAAGUCGAACUCGAACUUUGAUCCGAAACUGCACCAGGCCAGCUCCCUCUAACGGCGGUCUUGACUGCCAAGGCAAUUCCACGAAAACCGACGUUAUAAAUUGUAAUACACAACCAUGUCCAGUUAACGGCGGAUGGUCGGAAUUUGAGGAAUUCGGAAGUAGAACUACGUGUUCGGCUUCUUGCGGAACCGGAUCUCAAACCCGAACUUUGAAUCGAACAUGUACCAACCCAGCUCCAGCUAAUGGUGGUCUAGAUUGUGACGGAGAUUCAACUAAAUCAGAAGUUGUUAAUUGUAACACACAUCUUUGUCCAGUUAAUGGAGGAUGGUCAGAAUAUGAGGAAACCGGAAGUAGAAGUAUGUGUUCGGCUUCUUGCGGAACCGGAUCUCAAACCCGAACUUUGACUCGAACAUGUACCAACCCAGCACCAGCUUAUGAUGGUCUCGACUGUGACGGAGAUUCAACUAAAUCAGAAGUUGUUCAUUGUAACACCCAUCUUUGUCCAGUUAAUGGUGGAUGGUCAGAAUAUGAGGAAGCCGGAAGUAGAACUGUGUGUUCGGCUUCUUGUGGAACCGGAUCUCAAACCCGUACUUUGACUCGAACAUGUACCAACCCAGCUCCAGCUAAUGGUGGUCUAGAUUGUGACGGAGAUUCAACUAAAUCAGAAGUUGUUAAUUGUAACACACAUCUUUGUCCAGUUAACGGUGGGUGGUCCGAAUUUGAAGAAUCCGGAAGUAGAACUGCAUGUUCGGCUUCUUGCGGAACCGGAUCUCAAACCCGAACUUUGACUCGAACAUGUACCAACCCAGCUCCAGCUAAUGAUGGACUAGACUGUGAAGGAGAUUCAACUAAAUCAGAAGUUGUUGAUUGUAACACACAAAUAUGUCCAGGUUGGUCUGAAUUCUCGGAAUGGUCAGAUAAUGAUGAAUGCAACGUCCUCUGUGGCUCCGGCACAAUAGAGCAAAGGAGAUCAAGAACGUGUCGAGGGGGUGUAGGCUGCAUUGGAAGUAGUCAGGAAACCAGAACGGUUGAUUGUAAUACACAUGCUUGUGUCGGUGUACAUGCAUGUCCAAGGAACGUCGUAAGAUAUUUCUCGCAUGCCAGAAACGCCAAGAGAUUUUACCAAUGUGAUAACGGGAUUGCCAAACUUCGCAAAUGCGCACCAACAACCGUCUGGAGUCAAGAUGCCCUGACCUGUAUUUUUGAGAACGUUCCUGUUCCACCACAGCCCACUACCCAGGCACCGGACACCGAAUGUGCCAACAACAGGCUGUUUGUGGCUCAUCCAACUGACUGUUCAAAAUAUUACAGAUGCGUUUUCGGAAGGCGAAGUGCAACUCCAAUGUCAUGUGCACCUGGUCUCGCCUUUAACCAAGCCAUUAGCAAUUGCGAUUUUAUCGCCAACGUCCCCGGAUGCUAGAAAGCACGAAGGUUGUUUCAGUAGAAUAUUUCUUUUUGAAAAUUUAUUUUAAUUAAAGGAAUAAAGAGGCACAAUAUUUAACUAUUA